AUGAUCCUCGAUGAGUCAAAUAUAUUGGAAUAUGCUGCAAUAAUGAUAUUUCUUCCACAAUGGUUGUCAACAAUGUUUAUUGACAACAUCAUGCUUUCAAAGGUUUAUUCGAUGCCAUUUUCAAUGAAGAAUAUAAUGUUAUUAAGUAGAUGGAAGAACACAUGGAUUAUAUUAGGCAUAUCAAUUGCCUUCAUUUGCGCUUAUUUAAUUCUCUAUUUCAUAUUGAAUAUUUUGAUGCCAAGAAAAUUUGGUUCUUCUCCAAUUGGAUUUUCAAACAUUUUUUGUUUAUCAUCUUGGAAACAAUUAUUUUCUUUCAGAAGAGAAAAUCUUUCAGAUGCAGUUAGUGACCGAUUUAUCGAUGUCAUUGAAAUUGAUAAGACAUAUAGAAGUUCACCACCUGUUCAUGCACUCAAUAAUGUAACUUUUUCUAUCAAUCAAGGAGAUGUUGUUUCAUUGAUAGGACCAAAUGGAUCUGGUAAGAGUACAUUGUUGAAUGCGAUUACAAGAAGUAUCAGCAGUGAUCGUGGUUCUCUUCAAAUAUAUGGCCAUCAAUGCUCAACCGGCUUUAGUGCUUUGCAGCAACACUUAGGAAUAUGUUAUCAAGAAAACAUCUUGUUCGAAGGCUUGAGUGUUUAUCGUCAUCUUGAAUUUUUCGGAACUAUCCGUGGUCUCGACUCUUGUCAUCUUAAAGAAGAUAUUGAACAAAUUGUUAGUCAUUUUGGUUUAGAUGGUCUUGAAAACAUGUCUGCAUCUACACUUAGUGGUGGUCAAAAGCGUAAACUCUGUGUUGCUAUCGCAUUCAUUGGUCACCCAUAUCUUGUUUUAUUAGACGAACCUACAUCAGGUAUGGAUGCAAACAUCCGCCAAGAAAUCUGGAAAUCCAUUUCUAGCUACAACGUAACAUCUAUUGUAAGCACACACUCUAUCGAAGAAGCAGGUAUACUUUCUAACCGAAUGUUUGUUAUGCGUAAUGGUUCAUUGAUUUUCGAUGGUACUCCUAACGACUUGCGAAGUCAAUUCCACUGUGGCUACCGUCUGACACCAAUCUUUUCUCAGGAAAGUGAUAAACAAUACAAAACAGAACUUGUUUCAUGGAUUCAAUCCAAGAUCGAUGGUGUUUAUCUUAGUCCAAUUCACGAAGACGACAUUAUGUUACCUGUCUGCGAUGAAAUCACUGAACUUUUAGUUGAAAUAGAAUCCAACAAAGAACGCUUCCAUAUCAACUCAUUCAACAUCAUUGUUGAACAACUAGAAAACGUUCUUUACCGUAUGUAUGCUGAUGAUGAAAACUUAUAA